UCAGAGUAGGAGGAGGAGGAGGUGACAGUGCCAUUUGCCUGGAGGGCGCCCAUAAAACCUGGAGAGGGAGAGAGAGUGCACCAUUCCUCACAGGUGACUGUACCAUGUGACUGCAAGAGCUUUAAAAAGCAGGCCAACCUGUCUUGUUGAGGCACAAGUAAUCACAAGGCACCAGAGGAGUCAGAGGAGGAGAAUACCUGGGCUGUCGGCACCGGCAGCCCCACAACACAAGCAGAGGAGCACUGGGGGAGAUCGUGGAGUCGUCUGCAAACAAACGCACACUCAGCGGGACGAUUUUACUCAAACCCUUCCAGCGAUCUUGUUAUUGGCACGAUGAGCUGCAGCAGUCUUGCAGGAUCUGAGUUCUCUGAGGAGGAGCUGGAGCUUGGCGUGCUGGGCCAAGAAGACGAGGACGAGGGAAGUUCCAAAGCUUCUUUCCAAGACUGCGAGAGCUCCCCCGGCAGCCCGAGCGACCCCGAGGAAGGCCAGACCAAGAAGCGAAACCGACCCGUGCGCUCAAAAGCCCGGAGGAUGGCCGCCAACGUCCGCGAGCGCAAACGCAUCAUGGACUACAACCAAGCCUUCAACGCGCUUCGUGUGGCUCUGAACCACGACCUCAGCGGCAAACGCCUCUCCAAGAUCGCCACGCUGCAGAGAGCCAUCAACCGCAUCUCUGCUCUCUCGGUGUUCCUGAGCUCCAACCCCCCCAGCAAGCCGUGCACCCACCGGGAGUGCAACCGGUCGUCUGGCGGCCCUGCAGCGAUGGGAGCGUCCCGACUUGAGCAGACUAGAGUUCCUCGUCUGGAGCAUCAGAGUUACAUCCCCUGGCACGCGUCCAUCUCCCACCAGCCACAACAAGGGCCUCACAUGCACCGGCUGCCCACUGAGCCCCACAUCUACAUGGAUAACACCGCAUCAUCCUGCCCCCCGUCACCUCACUACCCCUGUUACCCCACUGAGGGGCAGCUUUACGCCUCGUAUGGACACUGCGGCAGCCCCCACGACCACCCGCCCAGCCCUCGGCGGUACCCUCAGGUGUCGGAGGGUUUGGGGUACCAGUCGGGGAUGUGGGCCUCCUGCGCUCAGAAGUACAUGGACACUUUUGUGGAGCCGUCUCCAGCUUUGGGGCUCCCCUGGCAGGUGAGCUACCUGCAGGAGCCGGAGCACGGCCUCUCUCUGGGCUCUGACAUACUGUAAUGAGCCCUGAAGACAUUUGGACUGUUGAAUCAUCUCAGGGAGAAAAAGGUUUUUGUGUUUCUGCUGUUGCAAUCAACUCAGUAUUACAGUAAUCCUCUCAUAUUUUUAAAGCAGAGUCAUCAUAAUGUAAUUAUAACAGAUAUAAAUAGAAGUGCAAUGGCAAUUGAGACUGCAGAAUGUUAUGUAUGAGGACAUGUAUUUUAAUCUGGCAUUUCAAAUGUUAUAUAUAUAAAGAAUGUGUCACAGUGCUGUAGAUAAUUCACCACAGAAUCGGUUUCUUGUUGGUAAAUUGUCUUCAUUUGAUUUUCUGCAGAAGAAGAAAUAUUACAGGAUAUAUUACAGUACUAAAUGUGUGAUAGUAAAGGAAACAUAAACACAUAAAGAACGAAAAGUGGACUAAUCAACAAACAUGAGACAGCUGACACGUGCUCUUCUGUUGUUAUGUUCACCUUUUUUUCCUUUUACGUAAUGAGUGCAUCUAAAAGAAAUGUGACUAAGACUUCAAAGUUCAAC